UCUUCAUGCCUUCAGCCUUGUCUUUGACAGAUAAUUUUUCGGAGCUGAUGGGAAACAAUAUGAAAAUUGAUAUUAUUUUAUCUUAUUAGACUUAAAGAAAAAAUCUUUAUCGUUUAGUUAGCGAGAAUAAUUAUUUACUUUCUAAUAAUAAAAAAAAUAUUGGAGGCAUGAUGGUGGAAGGUUCAGCAUUUACGCGGAACGAUGUGUUCCAAAUGGCUAUUCGUGUUGCUUUUGUAUCUGCGGUUACUUAUUUUUCUAUAAAAUGGCUCGUCAAUCAAAUAGAUCCGACUUCUAAGAGUCGAAAGAAAGCUGAAGAAAGAGCGCGGGAACAGUUACGCAAAAUAUCUUGCAGAGCCGGAUUGGUCGGGAAGCAGGCCUUGGCUCUGGACAAGCUCACCGAUCAUGAAAUGAUCAUCGCCUCACAACUUGUGGUACCUGAAGAGAUUAAUGUUAAUUGGAAGGAUAUAGCGGGACUAGAUCAUCUCAUCAAUGAACUCCGUGAGACUGUUAUUCUGCCGAUACAGAAACGGGAGCUGUUUGCCGACAGUCGACUCACACAGCCACCUAAAGGUGUAUUGUUGCAUGGGCCACCCGGUUGCGGUAAAACUCUGAUAGCCAAAGCUACGGCCAAGGAAGCCAACAUGAGCUUCAUAAACCUGGACGUGUCACUGUUGACUGACAAAUGGUACGGAGAAACACAGAAGCUGGCCGCCGCUGUGUUCAGCUUGGCCGUUAAAUUACAACCUUGCAUAGUUUUCAUAGAUGAGAUUGAAUCCUUUCUCCGGACCCGCACGGCUCAUGACCAUGAGGCCACAGCCAUGAUGAAGACACAGUUCAUGUCGCUGUGGGACGGCCUGAUCACCGACAACACGUGUAACGUUAUUAUCAUGGGCGCUACGAACCGUCCCCAGGACUUGGACAAGGCGAUCCAGCGUCGUAUGCCGGCCACCUUCCAUGUGCCGAUGCCGAAUCUCCAGCAGAGAGAGCACAUCCUCCAGCUGAUACUCAAAUCAGAACCCACAGCUGAUGAUAUCGACUACGCCCGUCUAGCCUCGAGCACAGAUGGAUUCUCAGGCUCCGAUCUUCACGAGCUCUGUCGCCAGGCGGCCGUCUACAGAGUUAGAGAUCUGGCCAGGGAGGAGUUACAGAGGGAACAGUCAAAAACCAACAACACAAACUCAGAUUCUGACGAGGAGUACUGUGAUGCUGUCAGACCCAUCACAAUGGAGGAUUUAAGGAUGUCGCUUAGCAAGCUCAAGGAAUCCAAGAUACAGUGCGGAUCACUGGCUCCCGGGAUGAGAAUUGAACUCGACUAGAGCUGUAAUGAAUAUACUAAUUAAGUUUUGACGGUUAACCAGGUUAACUGUUGGGUUAAACCUACCGUAUCUGCUCACUGUUGAACUUGACCGUUGAUUCAUAUAUAAAUUUGUUUUUGUUAGUGUUUUUUAUUUUGCUAUUUAUGAAAAUAACAAAAAAUAUUGCUAUUCAAUAAAACCUGUUAUAUACUGAAUGAUAUAAUAAUAUCAAAAAAAUAGUGGUACUUACUCUUUUAUUUGUUUUAAAUAUAUUUUAUCACGAUCUAUAAUGCAUUGCAGAUUUUUGUUUUAAAAUCUAUAUUCAAAUUGAAUGCUCUAUCAAGAUAUUAAAAUUUUUAAACAAAAGUAAUAUAAAUAAAGAGUUUCAAAGAUAUUUUUGAUUGAUUAAAUUAUUGAAAUAAAGUAUAUUUAUCACAUCUAUGGGACAUUCAGCUGAAUUGUGACCGUAGCAACAAAAAUAUGUAUUGAACCGCAAAAUUUAAGAUAUUUUUCUAUAAUGAAUUUGAAAUUUGUCAUUUAAAUAACAUUCAAGAGUUACUCACUUACCGUACACGUGGUGAGGGUGUUCCGUUAUACUUAUUGUUCUGUGUAUAUUGUAUUGCAGAGUUUACGUUUACAAAUGUUGAAAUUUCUGUAUAUAUUUGUCAAAAAUAAUUAAUUUUUUAAUUGUUAUAUCGUAAUUCUUCAUAGAAAACUUUAUAUAUCAAAAUUCUAUUUACAUUUUGAACUAUGCGUCACUUUGUAGUACUAAUUGUUAGAAUUGGGUCGGCUGUGUUUUAUAUCUUGCCGGCUAUAAUUGCUACUGACCCAUCAAUUAAAUCUUAAAGCUAUAAUUUUGUUAUAUUGUUUGCGUUGAUUCUUUAUGUCAUUGAUAUUGAAAACUAUUUUAAUUUCGAAGUCCAACUAUAGCCGGAAAGAUGCUUAGAUAUUAUCUCAAGCUUCCAAAGAAGCGUUGUUGUGAAAGUUAUUAUUGUGUGUUACAGUACGAGCUGUUUGAUUGUCUGUGUGUGUGAUGCAUAUGCGAUAUGCGAUGCUUCUUCCAAAGCCUAGGUUGUGCACAGCAAUAAAUACCUUUUUUUUAAUUAAAGAGUGUCUUAUCAUUUGAAUGCGGGUAGUUUGAUAAUUAAUAUCAACCAACUACUGUACUGCUUUUAAAUCUUGUCCGAUGUCACAUGUGUUGUGUAAUGAUGGCACAGAUUAAAACAUCCAAUAAAAUGUUAAUAAAUAUACAAGUUGUCAAAAGAUUUUUAAAAGGCUUAUAAAAUCCACACUGUAGUAUAUUAGAUAUUCAUAUGUAAAUAGACGGAAUAAAUAAUUUAAAAGUU